AUGACGGCUGAAUUAGAUAAUCGACGAAAAGAGUUACUUGAAUUAAACAUAAAAGCAUGGGAUGGUGAACAUACUUUUAAAACAGCAUCAAAAUUAGAUUCAUCAUUAAAGAAAAAUUCUACUUUUAUCAAGAAAGUUAAAUCAAUCACUCAUGAAUCAUCAAAAUCUAUACUUAAAGAUAUUGAAACGUUAUCUAUUGAGAAAUAUCUAUAUGAAGUCUUGUCGUCAUUAACUGAGGCAUUAAUUAAAGUUAAUAAAAAUGAUGAUGUUGUUGCAUCUAUGGAAAUUAUAUCUGCUUUACAUCAAAGAUUCACAUCUCAAUUUUCUCCUGUAUUAUUAAUCAAUUUAUUAGUUGCCAUAGCUAAUCCACCAAAGGGUACUCAAGAAGAAGAUGAAAAAGAAGUGUCAAGUCGUAUUUCAAAACAACGUAAUGUAUUGAAAUUAAUUAUGGAAUUUUAUCUCAUUGGUGUAUUCAGCAAUUUGAAAAUGUGUAACAAAGAUAUUAUUCCUGAUGAAAUACUAUUGAAAUUUGGUAAAUCUGCAUCCGAACCAAUUAUAAUUGUUGUCAUUAAAGAUUUGUUAAAUUAUCAACUUAAACUGGGAAAUUCUUUAGUGAUUGUUCAAUCUUAUUUGAAAAGAUUCCAUCAUGUUAUUUAUCAGGAUGAUAACGAUUUAUUGCAAUUUGAAGUUCGAAAUGUUUUACGUCAAAUAUUUACCAUUUAUACUAAUGCAACUUAUGAUACGUUAAUUGGAUUAAAGAAAAAAGUCCAUCAAAUUAGCGAAAGAAAUAAAAAGGCGUCGAUUAGAACUGGUCGAAUAUUGGAUGAAAUUCAAACUGAAUUGGAUUCAACUACCAAAAUAUAUGAAAAAUUCAAAUCUGCUGCUGAAUUUUUAUCCCCAGUAGUGGGUAUUCCUUUACCUAAACAGUUGGAGGAAAAUGAUGAACCAGAAGCAAAUGAAGAAAAUUCAAAUGUCGUAGAAGUGGUCAAAACCAAAUCAAUGAAUGAAGAUGAGUUGAAUGGUGUAUGGGAAGACAUUAAAGAAAAAAAUUUCUAUACUGUGAUUCCAUCAUUGGGUGAACUUAUUGAAGCACAUCCUCAAACUGAGGAAGAAUCACAAUCAGGUUCAAGAGAUGGGGAAAAAAUUCAAGAGUUUUUAAACAAACUAGACAAUAUAAACUCCUAUGAUUUGGAUCAAUUGGUUGUUGAGUUCAAUAAUUUAAAUUUAAACAACAAAGCCACUAAGAAUAGGAUUAUGAAAUUUUUCAUGGAAGCUUUCAGUAUUAAUAGUUUAAAAUAUUAUACAAGAUUUCUUAAGAUCAACGAAGUGAAUUUAUCGGAUUUAAUUGCUGAGUUGAUUACUUAUUUGGAUAAAGGGUUCAGAUCUCAACUUUAUCAAAAUAAACUUAAUUUCAAGAAUAUUUUGUUUUUUGUGGAAAUGAUAAAAUUUAAGAUGAUUCCAACUCAUGUUAUUUUCCACAAAAUUCGUAACUUGACGAUUAAUAUUACAUCUACCAAUAACAUUGAUAUUUUAUCUGUCUUCUAUGAACAUGUGGGGAGAUUUCUAUUGUAUGAUCCUGACUAUAAGGAUCUAAUGAGACAAAUGAUUGACUUGUUGAAAGAAAAACUGAAGCAACCAAAUUUGAAGAUUAAUGAUAAAUUAGCCAUAAAUAAUCUUCUUGUUACUGUGGAACCACCAGCUACUAAAGUCAAAGCAUUGCAAGAAAAGCAACAAUUAUCACCAAGAGCACAAUUUAUUCAAAGAUUAAUUCGAGUUGAAUUGGAUUCAAGUUCGAAAUCAUUGGUAAUUAGAUUAUUGAGAAAAAUACCCAUGAAACAAGAUGAUGAAUGUUGUGCAACUCUUUUGGAUUGUUUUGCACAUCCUGAAUUUCUCAACUAUGAUAAUAUUCCAGCAUUAGCCACUGUUUUAGAAUCAUAUUGUGAAAAAUUCAAGAAAAUUGUUGUUUACACUGUUGAUACGAUAAUUGAGAAUAUAAUUCGUGGAUUGGAAUUGAAUGAUUAUAGAAUGAAUAGAGUUAGAAUGUCUCAAGUUAAAUUCAUUGCCGAGAUGUAUAAUCACAAAGUGAUAAAUUUCAAAUUAGUUAACGAUUUACUUUAUCGAAUUAUUUGUUUUGGGCAUCCAAAUAAUCAACCUUUACCUAAUAAUUGGGAUGUUGAUAUUGAUUUACCAGAUAAUUAUUUCAGAAUUCAAUUGUGUUGUUUCUUGUUGAGUAAUUUAAGGUCAAUUUUCAUAGAUACUGAUCCACCAUCAAGAAGGAAAGCAGCUACUCGUGCCAUUGAAAUGAAGAAACGUAAUGAUGUUAAUAAAGAAUUACUUGGUGUCUUUAUUACUUUUUUACAAUAUUAUAUAUUUUGCAAAGAAAGACCAUUACCUGUUGAACUUGAAUUUAAGUUAAAUGAUUUAUUUACUAAAUUUAAGAGUAUUCCGACAGUUAAAAGAUAUGAAACCAUUCAAGAGAUUGGUCAAAGACUUCUGGAGCUGAUUCAAAGUAAGCAAGAAGCUGAGUCAUAUUUGGAAAAUCAUGAUGAUGUAUUAAAUGGAGAUGAAGAUGAAGACGAGGAGGAAGAUGAUUAUGACGAUGAUGAGGACAGUGAAGGUGAUGAUGAUGAAGAUAGCGAUGACGAAGAAGAGGACAGCGACGAUGAUGAUAGUGAUAAUGAUGAUGAUGAUGAUUCUGAAGAUGAGGAAGAGGAGAUUUCAUCAUCUGAAGAGAUUGAUGAUGAAGAAAGUGAUGUCGACAAUGAAUCUGAGAAAAUUCGUUUGGAAAAUGAUAAGAAAUUCAUGGAUGAUCUUGAUAAAGAAUAUGAAAGAAUUAUGAUUGAAUCUUAUAGUAGUACACCUACAACCAUGAGUAAGAGUAUUGGAGGAAGCAAUGUUCGUGGAGGUACUGGUGCAUUAGGUGGUAGAUUAUCCAUGCCAUUACCAAGACAAGUAUUGGCAGAAAACAAAAGAAGUUCAACUUUGGAAUCUGCAAAUCAAGAGAAUAAAGUUUCAUUUGGUUUGUUAACCAGAAAUGGUAAGAAAAAUGAUGUUAAACAGUUACAUUUACCAAGUGAUAAUAAAUUUGCAGAAUUGGUAAUGAAAGAAAAAGAACAUCAACGACAAGAUCGUCAAAGAAUUAUGAAUUUAGUUUCAAAUAUGCAAGAUUAA